CCUUAAGAGUCUAUCCUCAAGAUGGAGGAGAAACAUCGUAACAUACUGCUCCAAGUGCAACCAGCAAUUGUCCGUGAUCUUCAUUACGAUAAUGUCGUCGACGUGCUGCUUUCAAAGAACAUUGUCACCGUGGCAUUCGAUGAAGAGAUUCGUAAUGCGGGAAAUCGGGAGUUGAAAAUUCGGAAGCUGCUUUCUCAUCUACCGACACGUGGUCCGGCGGCUUAUUCCACAUUUAAAGAAGCUAUGAGACCAAAUUAUGAUUGGAUCAGCAAAGAGAUGGAUGAUCUCGAAGAGAAUUUUGACAGUGUAGAUGCAUUAGAUGCUCCUGUAGGACAAAAUGUUCCACAUCCUCAUCUUCCUGCUAUUCCAUCGCUGAAUGUUUCAAGGAUAAAAAAGAUGGAACAGCUCCAGAAAGGGCUGAAAGACUUGAAAUCAAAUCAUUACCUGGCUCUCCAUGCGCUGCCAGGAUAUGGUAAAUCAACUUUAGUCAGUGAAACUUUGCAGGACGAAGAUCUCGCUACAGGUUUAUUCCAGAAGGAAAUAUACUGGAUUAAGUUUGGAUCGGAACAAUCAGUCGCGGAGAACAUACUCACUCAGUUGAACAUGCUUUUUCACCGAGUGAGAAAUCUGGACCUAUGGACAGAACCGACCAGCGAAGACUCUCUCAAGUAUUUUCUCAGACAUCAUUUUUCCAAACACAACCACGCCUUGUUAAUACUAGACGACGUUAACCGGCGCGAAAUUAUAGAAGCCUUUGAUUUUGGAUGCAAGACCCUUGUCUUGACAACUGACACAAAUAUACUGAGAGGGAAAAAAUGUGAUAUCAUAGAAAUGAAUGAGGGAUUCACCGAUAAAGAAUCUCUUGAGUUGUUCGCCAAAGCUAUCGGUGUCGAUGCCUUGGAUCUGCCCAAACAGGCUCGCCAGAUACACGAGGAAUGCAAGGGAAUGCCUCUCAUGAUCGCUAUGUUCUCAGCUCAAUUUGAAGAUGUCAAAGAGACACUUAUUAAAGGUGACAAAAUGGCUGACACGUGGUCUUACUACCUCGAUGCACUUAGGACAAAAAAAUCUGUCGUUUUGCAAGAGAGUCUUGACAAGUUAAAAGCAAUAUUUGAAAUGUGCAUAAAUAAGCUCUCCAAGGACGAAAUACAUUACUUCGAAAUGUUUGCUAUAUUCCCCGAAGAUGUCAACAUCACGACAAAGACAUUGUCGAUAUUUUGGGAGCUCAAUCCAGCGGAAGUUGAUUUAAUUAUGUCUACAUUUUGCAAAAAAUCGAUGGCCGUGAGACAGUGGCAUGUACAUUUGAAAACAUAUAUAUACGGUGUUCACAACUUGAUGCUGCGUCAUCUUCGGGACAAAUUGACAGGAGAAUCCUUAAAAAAUCUCCACAAGACUUACGUGAAUAAAAAUUUUUUGGCAUGCAAAUGGGAGUUGUCAAAUUUGCCAAAAGACAAUUACAUCUAUUCUUAUAUUGGCCACCACAUGGAAGAGGGAGAAUUACUAAACAAAUUUCCGAAAGUCUAUUUCGAUUUUAAAUUCAUUGAGGCAAAAAUUUACCAUAUCGGUCCCGGUGAUCUUCUAAUCGAUUUAAAAAAGUACAGAAAAUACAUCACUCAAGAAUCUCAAGAGCUCUUGGAUAAAGUUACAGAUCUCGAGAAAUUUCUGGUUCAACAAGCGUCGAUCCUUGCCGAGUAUCGAAGACGGAACUGCCUCGAUCUCGUUCAAGUGGCCUUGAAACACCCAUAUUCAGGGUUUGUCAGAGACACAGCUGAGGCUCUGGCACAUAAACGGCAAAACAGCCUCUAUUUAAGCCAUUUGAAAAACAACAACCAGCAUUUGAACUCUCUGAGCGAGGAAUUCUACAUGCAGGUGCAAUCCGUCGCUUUUACUAACGAAGCUAGUGUGAUACUCAUAGGAAAUGACAGGGGAGAAGUUCUGUUGUGGAAUUGCCACGACGGGCACCACAUUGUUUUUCAUGGGAACAAUAGAGAUUAUCCCAUCAGAAAAAUUAUCACUCCGAGGAAUGGAGAGUACUUUGUCUCCAUUAGCGAAGAUGGUAAAGCCAAGUUAUUCGAUCUUAGCAAGCAACGAGAGUUUUACAUGAAGACUCUCAAUCCUCGAACCAGGCAGAAGGAUUGGCAAACAAUGUACGAGAACGAGAACAACCAGGACCAUAGUAAAGUCACUUUCGCAGUCAAUGAUCAGAAAAUCAUGGAUAUUUCCAUUUGCUCCAAUAGCUGUAAAAUUGCUGCUUGUACCGAGAAUGGGAAGAUCAUGGUAUGGAAGUCGACCGGCGAAGUUUUGAUUGAUGAAAUUUCAAUAACCAAUGCCUCGUUAAACUGCAUUCUGUUCACUACGUCCAGCACGACGCUUCAUACCGUGAACCUAAAAACAGGAGCUUUGACAGUAUAUGACGCUACGCAAGGCGCUUACUUGACGCAAUGUACCCUCUCCUCUGAGAUGGUAAAAGUGAUAUCACUCCUCUCUGUUCCUUGGUGUGCAAAUAUCCUGAUUGUUUUAAUGGAUAAAAAAUUAUUGUCCGUCACUUGGAAAGUUGACGAAGUCACAAGCCUCCCUAGAUAUAACGAAUUUGCCAAACUUGCCGACGAAACGGUGACAUAUACUUGCGCAGCUGUAACUCAAGACGGCCAGUACAUCAUCACUGCGGACACUGGCUGUUCUGUUACAAUUCACAGUCUUCAAAACGAGUAUAAAACAAUCAAAACGUACAAGAAAUCUGUUACUAGCCUUGAUACUCAGUGGCUAGAGAAUGAAUGUUGUCACAUGAUCUGUGCCGGCAGUCAUGAUACACUUGUGCCAAUGGUCCACAGGUGGAGAUUUGACCCCACGGAGGAUCCUGUUUCUCAAAGACUGCCCCUGUUUGAUGCAACUGUAGAAUCGGUUGCGAAAAAUAUUAUUGCUGUAGUGACAUCCAAUAGAACGGUGCAAAUCAUUCAAAAUGACAAUGUUAUCGCCGAGUCGCCAUCAGUCAAUGAGAAGAUCACUAAUAUAAUGUUUUUUGAGGACAAAAAUCGAGUCGCUUAUGCGACUGAAGGAGGCCAAGUAUUCCUGUUUGACAUAAAACACAAACACUGUGACGAAAUAUUGCAAUUAUCAUAUCCAGUGACAUUUAUGACUAUACUAGGAAUCGAGGGGACAAAUGUAAUCGUGUGCAAUAGUGGAUCCACAGAUUUACAGGUCUGGGAGGGUCCUAACGAUAGCCAAUUAAUUGACAAUAGCGGACCUGUGAUAUUUUCGAAGUAUUUAAAAAGCGUGAAAAACGUAUUGACCGUAGCCCACGAAGUCGUAAAACUAUGGGACCAGAGAUGGCGGCUUCAAGUUAAACACGUGCCGAAAAAGGUGCGUAAAGUGAGUUGCUCCUCUCUUAGCAACGAGGAAAAUUAUUUAGCAUUAGCCAACGCCUUGGGACAUCUCACCAUUUGCCGACUGGUGCAGAAAAAAAUUGGCAAUCCUAUAGCGUUUCAAGAAAAUGCCGUCCAAAAUUUGCCUGAGGAAAUAACAGCCUGUGAUUUUUCACCCAAUGGAAAUUUACUCGCUGUUGGAAUGAAGAGGGGUAAAAUUAUGAUAAUUGAUGCAAAAUCAAGUACGGAGAUACACGUAUUGGACCUGCAUCGGCGAGCUGUAAAACAGCUCUAUUGGGGACCUUCGAACCUCGACGAACAGAUACUUCUCUCUUUGAGCAACGAGAUGGCCUGGUGGAACCUAUCUCGGAUGAGUGAAACCUCGUCGCAAACUAAUGUAGAAGGUUCUAAUCGGGAAAUUAGUCCAAGCUACACAGACCUGAGAGUUUCCCCCGAUUUGAAUGUAUCUACCGAUCUCAAUUCACCUGGCAGGCCUUUGAAGACUAGCCAAAGUUUCGAAUUAAAUAGCGUUGUAGAAGAAACUGGAAAGAAAUCCUUGAACAACAACCAUGACGAUGCUACCGAACAGGUAUCAAAAUCAAAUGGCAGUGCGGUUUUCGCUUAUUCGUCGGAACGGAACAUGAACGAGAUUAACGGGAACGGUCACGCUUCUUCCUUCUUUUGGUCUGACAAAUGGCCAAAAGAUUUCGAUAUACCCGGUUUGUUGAGCGUUAUUAAACUUGACGGUAAUUUAGCGACCAACGUAUGCAUUUCAAAGAAUUUCAAAAACUUUAUUACCAUUGAUGGCGAAGGCUCAAUUUACAACCUGACUGUUCUUGAACCUAGAGUAAUUGAUGAGCAUCUCUCUAGUUCAUAGCAAACAAUUCUGACUGCCUUUAAAAAUGGGCAUUUGUUUAAACUAAGUUUUUCCAAUUUCGUUCGCAAUGUCGCGUCCCAUUUCCUCCGAUUUAUACUACUUGGUAUAAAAUCACCGCUUCUGAGGUAACGGUGCGAUUCUUAUUAUUAUUAUUUUUUUUUUUUUUUUUUGAUCAU